UGGCUUACAAAAACGGUCGAAGCAAUCGAAAAGUUUUUUUGGUGCGUGUUUCGUUUUGAGUGCUAAACGCUUUAUUAAACACAAUUUAAUUUAAUUGGUAGCAGCAAGUAGUGAGCAACUGCGCAACAGAGCUUACAUAAAUGUCGCCAUGGAUGCCAUCACAUUUGCUGUAUUAACAAUUAGUGACAGCUGUUAUGAGGAGCCUGCAAAGGAUCGCAGCGGACCACGGCUGGUGACGCUUAUUGGUGAAUCCUUCGACAAUGCCGAUGUUAUUGCCAGCGUGCUGCCUGAUGAACGCGAUCUGAUACAACGCGAGCUGCGCAAGUGGAUCGAUCGCGGCGAUGUCCACAUCAUUCUGACCACCGGCGGCACCGGUUUUGCGCCACGUGACGUCACGCCGGAGGCAACUAGACCGUUGAUCGACCGCGAGUGCAAUCAACUGACGCUGGCCAUUGCAAUGGCAUCGCUGCAAAAGACGAAAUUUGCGGCAUUAUCGCGUGGCAUUUGCGGCAUUGCUGGCAACACGUUAAUAUUGAAUUUCCCGGGUAGCGAGAAGGCUGUCAUCGAAUGUUUUGAAGUGGUGCGUGAUCUGUUGCCGCAUGCCGUCCAUCUUAUGCGCAACAAUCUGCGUCUAGUGCAGCGCACGCAUGCUGCACUGCAGCAAACUAAUCAACCGGAACAGCGUCAGCAUCAUCGACAUGUUUGUCCGCAUAAAACUGGCGCUGGCAACGAUACGGAUCGCAAUUCACCGUAUCCCAUGUUGCCAGUGCAACAGGCACUCGACACCAUACUGAGCAUUGUGCAGCGCCUCAAUUACAAGGAUGUGCAGCAACUGGAAGCGCUUGUGUCACCGGUGAAUAUUCCGCCGUUUCGUGCUUCGAUCAAGGAUGGCUAUGCCAUGAAGUCGACAGGCUUCUCGGGCACCAAACGCGUGCUGGGCUGCAUUGCAGCCGGCGAUAAGAUCGUUGAACAUCACCUGCAGGAAGAUGAGUGCUUCAAGAUCAAUACGGGUGCACCGUUGCCUUUGCAUGCGGAUUGUGUAGUGCAGGUGGAGGACACCAAGCUGCUGCAGCGCGACAAAUACGGCGACGAGAGUCUGGUGGACAUUCUCGUCGAGCCCAAGGCUGGCCAGGAUGUGCGCCCUGUCGGUCAUGAUCUGGCCAGGGGUGAGCGUGUGUUCCCCGCCUACGAUGCUUCACCCGUUGUCAGCAAUUCGCUGCUGGCCUCCGUUGGCAGCCAGUUGAGUCAGCGCAAGCCCACCGUGACUAUAAUCUCAACGGGCAGCGAACUGCUGGCACCCAAUCAGCCGGCAGCUGAUGGCAAAAUCUAUGAUUCGAAUACCACAAUGCUGGAGGAGCUGUUGGCCUACUUUGGCUUCGAUUGUCUGCAGCAUCGUGUGCUGAGCGACGAUUUGGACAAUAUUGAGCAGACGCUGUCGGAACUGUUUAAGACUGCGGACUUUAUCAUUUGCAGCGGUGGCGUCUCCAUGGGCGACAAGGAUUUCAUUAAGCCCGCAUUGCAGGCGCUUAACUUUAAGUUGCAUUUCGGACGCGUCAACAUGAAGCCCGGCAAACCGAUGACAUUUGCGAGCAAGGAUUGCAAGUAUUUCUUUGGCCUGCCUGGCAAUCCCGUCUCCGCCUUUGUCACAUUCCAUCUGUUUGCAUUGCCAGCGAUACGCUGGGCCGCCGGCUGGCCGCGUGCCAAAUGCUCCCUGCCCGUGAUCAAUGUGACGCUUCUGAACGAUGCCAUCGACUUGGAUGGACGUCCGGAAUACGUGCGUGCCGCAGUGAGCAGCAUUAAGGGUCAGCUGCAUGCCAGCGUCAAUGGGGAUCAGAUCAGCAGUCGACUGCAGAGCAUUGUGGGCGCCGAUGUGCUCAUCCAUUUGCCUGGACGCACAGCCGACAAGACGCAGGCGCGUUCGGGUGACGUUUACAGCGCCUCCGUGCUGCGCUACGAUUUCAUCUCAAAAUACGAAUAGAUUGCGACAAAUCAAUCGCAAUCGCAAUCCCAAUCCCAAAACAAACAAGAAAAGCAUCACAAACAAAAUGACAAUAAACGUUACUAAUUUUUUUGUAUACAUA